AGAGAGAGAGAGAGAGGGAUGAGAGUGUGUAUGUGAGAGAAAGAGAGGGAGAGGGAGAGGUGCUGUCGUCUUCACUGAUCUCCUAAGAGUGCUCGUUAGUAUUUUUUGCUCAGAGGUCUUCCACAGUCAUGUUGAGAGCCAGGGAACCGGGAUCUUUGGCCGUGCUGGCCUCCACCCUUCUUCUGGGAUUCGGCGUUGCGUUUUCCCUCGGACAGAACGACACAGAACCGGUAGUUUUGGAAGGAAAAUGUUUAGUUGUGUGUGACUCGAACCCGUCCGCCGAAGGAGGAGUGACCUCGUCGUUUGGGAUAUCAGUCCGGGCUGCUGGUGCUAAAGUGGCUUUUUCUGCGGUCAGAGGAACUAACCAUGAACCAUCAGAAAUGAGUAACAAGUCCAUGACAAUCUACUUUGAUCAGGUACUAGUGAACAUUGGAAAUCAUUUCGAUCUUAAGGCGAGUGUAUUUCAAGCUCCUCGGCGAGGCAUUUACAGCUUCAGUUUUCACGUUGUGAAGGUCUACAACCGACAGACAAUUCAGGUCAAUCUGAUGCAUAAUGAAUACCCAAUAAUAUCCGCUUUUGCCGGUGAUCAAGAUGUAACCCGAGAGGCUGCGAGUAACGGCGUUCUGCUUCACCUGGAGCGUGAAGACAGACUGUAUCUCAAACUGGAGAGAGGAAACCUCAUGGGCGGGUGGAAGUACUCCACAUUCUCUGGCUUUCUUGUUUUCCCUCUUUAACUGAAUAUAGACCACUUUAAAUGGCCCAAACUGACGACUAAGGGACAUUUCCGUAUCUGCUUUCAAAAAUAAAGGUAGCAGGGAGAACGUGGAAUGCGUUAGUUUAUUUUAUUUAUUGUUAGGAUCUGAAGAAAUGUAACAAGUUUGUAUGUGUGUGUGUGCGUGGAUUUAACCAUUUGUGAGAUUCAAAAGAAAGUAGGACAGUGACAAUAUUUGGACUUAUUGAUGUCAGCAUAUUGCUUUGGGAAAGAGUGGUUUGUUAUCGUCAAUGAUAUUUUUGCAUUCUGAAGCAUAUUUUGCACGAAAUGUGUUUUGUUAUGUGCUUGUCAUUUUAUUGAUUUGUAUAACCCUUAUAAAUUUGAUGUUCAAUAUGAGCGUAGUAAGUACAAAAAAACAGCCAUUUCUCUUUAAUCGUUGUUUGGCUUAAUGCAUAGACAAGCAAUGAUAUCUUGCAUUUUUAUAUUACUUGAAUGUAAAUAUACUGUCAUAAACACAAGGAAUGUAUUUAAAAACUCUUUUAAGACUCAAAAGUUUUAUUUUGCAAAGGGAUAGUUCAACCCAGAAAGAAUAUUUUGUCAUCGUUUAUUCAUUCUUGUGUUGUUCCAAACCUGUUUGAAUUUCUUCUGUUAAACACAAAAGAAUAUAUUUUGAAGAAUAAUAAGAAUUUUGAAGAAUAAGUAACCAAACAUUUUCCGGUAGCCACUGACUUCCAUAGUAUGAGAAAAAUAUACUAUGGAAGUCAAAGGCUACCAGCAACCACUUCAUUUUUGGGUGAACUAUGCCAAAAAUCCUCAACGCUGUCCGUGGUGCUGAACAACAGCUGUCCGUCAAAAACUGCGAUCUUGUUCAGUACACAUAUGAAUUGAUUAUUAAACGCUUGCAUCAAAACAUGUAAUGCAACAUAUAUCAGUCCCAUUUGUUUUGGAUACAUACGUCAUCUACAAUUGAGUUUACACUAGUUAAGACUACAUGUACAGAUUCAGAUGGGGACUAUCAUCUUAAAAGUUGCAUUCGAGAGUAAUUGUGUAAUGAGAGUGUAAACCUAUAUAAUAUUCAAAUAUAUCUGAUUAAGUCCCUCAGUGGGGGCAGUUUUAGGAAGGAUGAAAGUAAUACCCGCCUACAGAGUUCAAUAUGUGCACAAACUGAAAAGAUAUAGACACCAUGCAGAUUUGUUGUCUCUUCAUUUAUGGCAGGGCAGUGUGUUUCAAGAUGCUGUCUUACACAACAGUGAACUUUAAAGAUUUAACAUUUAGAGCUUUAUAUAUUUUUCAAAGCAUGGCUCGGAAACGGGAUGGAAACGGGAGGUAAUUUAUUACCAUGGGCACAAUUAAAAACUGUGAAGACAGCAUUAUUUGGAGGUGAAAUGCAAAUGUGAUGAGGUAUGAGAAUGAUGUGGGUGUUAAGUGUUAAACAGUGAAAUAUUCCUUCCAAGAGUAGAGCUUAAAAAGACGCUAGCACAUAUUUUCACUCGUCAAGACCGUGUCAUAUUAUGUUAUAUCAUACUGUGAGUUAUUUCAGGGGGUAACCACCACAUGUUCAGACCGUGAACUUUUAAAAAUGUAUGAAAAAUGUAAAAAUUAAAAAAAAAAUCUUGUCUCGCCACUGCAUCUUCUUCCUGUCAGUUGAUUUGGCUUGGAAGUAAACAUCGCCCAAAGGCUAAAAGCUGUCUGAUGCCUGUAUCUGACCUUUCUUUUUCAUAAAGAUGAUUAAGAAUGAAAACAUGACUCAACAGUACAUGUCGCUGCUAGGUCACUAAACAUGACUUUGGUUUUGGGGAACAAAAUGCAGAAAAUGUUUCUGUGCAUAAUUCUUUCAUUUGUCCUUUAAGAACAUAAAUCUUUUGGCUUAAGCAUAACUUAAGCAAACUUUUACUUUUAAAAGAAAUAAAAGGCGAGUGCCUCACAUUCUUUCAACGUUAACGACAUCUAUCCUUCUCAUGUGUGUAAACAUGCCAUACUAUGAGGUCUUACCCUCAACAGUCAUGAUUUAAUUAUUGUAAUUACUGUGCUGAAGAUCAAGUGUCAUGAUUUCAUAGACUUGGUACUACUGGGUGCUGAUGAAUUAAACUGGCUUAUAAUGAA